AUGAAAAAAUUGCAGCAAAGUAUCCUUACUGGAACAGAACUGGUGGAGCAGAUAUUUUUCUUGUUGCUUGCCAUGACUGGGUAUGCUCUCCAUGCAUCUUUCCUUGUCCUUGAUUUUGCUUGGGCUUCAUAUGAAACAAGGCGCCAUAUGGAACGUUGCAUCAAAGCCCUCUGUAAUGCUGAUAUAAUUGGCGGCCUUAAAAUAGGAAGGGAUGUGUCUCUUCCGAAAACAUACGUUCGUUCUGCGAGAAAUCCUCUUAGAGAUCUUGGAGGCAAACCCCCUUCUCAGAGGGAGAUUCUUGCCUUUUAUGCUGGUGCAUGGCUAUUUACGUCCAAUUCUGCUAGAGCACUGGAAGGACAAAGACCCUGA